AUGUUGGUCUAUGUAUCUGGGCUCACCGGUCACCGGGCCCAGGCCGCGUCACAGCACGAUGUAUUGCGGGAGAGAUGGGCAGCAGACUGCAUGCAACGCGGGCCGGAUCCAGAAGUUGAUGGCAAGGAAGAUGGAGCUCCGCCUCAACCAUCCAAAUGCCAGCCAUCCGAACGGCAACCACCAGCGCCACGACCACCCACAGCGGCCUCCCACAGUGCCGCCAGCACCGCUUCCAUAUAA